AUGUCGUUAGCUGCUGAUGAAAAUGCCGUCAACCCAAACGAAGGAGCAACAAAGGUUAAAGAUCGUAAUAUCGGAAGUGUUUUAAGUAGAAGAAGAAAGUACCUUCAGGAACAAAAGAACGCCAACGAUGAUGGAGAGGAUGAUGGUGGUUCAGCACCACCAAUCACUCUUGCUAAAGAUAAUUCAUUGCUGAAAAAAGGUUGGCAAGAGGAUGAGGAUGCUACGAGUACAAAAGAACAAAAAGGAGGAAGAAAAUUGUUGGGAAUUUUCGGAAAAAACUCAACAGCAAACGUAGAAAAGCAAACUCAACAAGAUAAUUCUUAUUUAUUUCAAAAUGUUCCUCGACCAUUGGAUGUAGAGGAUGAAGAAGGAGCUUUCAUUCCUUCAUUGGAUCAAGUAGGUGGAAAUGGAAUGGAAGGUUCUGUUGCUGAAGCACCUGAGGAGUAUGCAUCUCAAAAAGUUCAAACCCUUCAAGAACUCGAUCAAUCCACAAAAGCCACUCUUCAUCACUUCCUUAAUAUGAAAUAUGACGAUAGAGGUCUAGAUCUUUCUCUUUUAACUGGAGUUUUAUCAUAUCCAUUGGAUGAACUUGAACAAGAUGAUGAUUGGGGAAAUCCACAAUUCGUAAGAGACUUGUUGAACUCAAUCAAGACAACAAAGAAACCAUUAACAGUGGCAACACCAACCACUCCUCUUGCUAAAAUUGAUAGACAAGUUAAAACAAGAGAAUUGUAA